AUGGCUCUCCCAAUUCAUUGCGGGACAGUUUUUGAGAAAGAAGCAUCUUGGAGAUUUUUGAAAAUGAAACGUUCAUCUCGGAGACUUCUUCAAUCAUCUGAUGGAAUCGAAAUGAAGAAAUUGAGAAGAAGAGCGAAGGAGAAGGAGGAUACUACCAUCAAUUUGCUCACCAACUCUUCCGAUGCCGAUUUGACCACACCCAGCCAACUCUCCACCUUCCAAGUUAUUCUGAACUUCCUUACUUGUAGAUGGUUCCAGAAUGAGGAAACGCUCAAAGAUGAACCAGUUGGAUUUUUCAAACUGUUCCGAUACAUAAAAUUUUGGAUAUUUCCACUGCUCGUAUGGUUACAUGAAUGGAAAGCUCACGACAAUGUUCGGAUUAUGGAAUUCUUCUGGUGCUCUCAAGGAACGAUGAAGGUUGAAUAA